CCUGCAGGUUCCUCUUACAUAAGGGAGUGAAGUUUGCUGUCCUGAGUGGGUGUCUCAUCAUCUCCUGGUCAUGAUGUCAAUGCCUGGGACAAGAGGUCAGUCUUAUUGAUCGCUGUGCAAGCAGCAGCAGCCUGUUUACAGAGAUCUGGGACUCCAAAAAAAGAAGCAGAAGCAUCCUGCAUGCAUUGAACUGAAUAAGGAUGGAUCAGAGAAGCUUCCACUCCAUGCCAGUGGUCCUGUUAUUUGUGGGCACACUGGUACACAUCACCCCGGCUGUCAGUGGACUGGUCAGGGAGCACUAUGUGGCUGCUGUUACAGUGGACUGGGAUUACAGCAAUGGACAAGAUCCAAGUUCCGAUAAUGUGUUUAAGAAGAUAGUUUACAAGGAAUAUGAAAAAGGCUUUGUUGCAUUAAAACGUAGCUCAAAACUGUCAGGUAUUUUAGGACCAACUCUACGUGCUGAGGUUGGAGAUACUUUAAAAGUUCACUUUAAGAAUACAGCUACAAAACCUCUUACUAUUCACCCGCAAGGAAUGUUAUAUGGGAAACUUUCUGAAGGGUCAAAAUAUUCUGAUGGCACAUCCUCGCUGGAAAAGUUUGAUGAUUCAGUGUCACCAGGCCAAACUUAUACCUAUAGUUGGGACAUCACAGAAAACAUGGGACCCAAAGAAGAUGAUCCUGACUGUCUUACCAGUAUUUACUAUUCUGCAGAGAACAUGGUUCAAGAUGUCAACUCUGGAUUGAUGGGCUCAUUGCUGAUAUGUAAAAAAGGAAGUCUGAAUGAUGAUGGAACUCCAAAAAACUUUAACAAAGAGUUUGUGCUGUUGUUUGCGGUGUUUGAUGAAAAUAAAAGCUACCAAGAACUUCCAUCAAAGACGGAGAGGCCAGUAAUGUACACAAUCAAUGGCUACGUGAACGGAACUGGGCCAGAUUUCGAAGCCUGUGUUGAUGACAAAAUCAGUUGGCAUCUAUUAGGCAUGAGCUCCAAGCCUGAAAUCUUUUCAGUUCAUUUCUUUGGCCAAACCUUGAAUGACGAUCAUCACAGUGUCUCAGUCGUAAGCCUUGCUAGUUCUUCUUCCACCACAGCAAACAUGACUGUCACUCAGAGUGGAAAAUGGACAAUAUCAUCCCUUAAUGGAAAGCACAUUGAAGCUGGAAUGCAGGCCUUUUUGAAUGUUGAAACAUGUACUAAUAAACAACGCAGCAAAAAACCUGUUUACCAAACGCGAUUUAUUACAAGCUGGGAUCACUACAUAGCUGCAGUUGAAGUUGAUUGGGAUUAUACCUAUCGUCGCACGGAGGACUCUGAAACCCCACCUUGCCACCAAACCUAUAAAAAAGUAAUCUAUCAGCAAUUUUCGGAUGGCACUUUUACAACUGCAACUGAACCUGAACGAUCAAGAAGGGAACUUGGACUUAUUGGGCCUGUCAUUCGAGCUCAGGUUAAAGACACAAUUAAGGUUGUAUUUAAAAAUAUGGCUAGUCAGCCUCACAAUAUAUAUCCACACGGAGUGUCAUUACAGAGGAUCUUUAAAGGCUACGUACCUGACCUUAAAGGUGAGGAGAUGCAGAAUAAUACAGUUAUGCCUGGUGAAACAGUCACCUACUACUGGACAGUUUUGGAGAAUGAUGAGCCUACAAGAAAUGAUCCUCAAUGUUUGACAAGAAUAUAUCACAGUACUGUUAACAUUUUGAAGGAUAUGGCAUCUGGGCUGCUUGGAACGCUUCUAAUUUGCAAGUCCAUGUCACUAAGUACCAGAGGAUUACAGGAAAAAGCAGAUGAAGAGCAAGUUGCAAUGUUCGCAGUGUUUGAUGAGAAUAAAAGCUGGUACUAUGAAGUCAAUAAGCAAAAAGCUUGUAGCUGGAUGCUUGCCAAAGACCCCAAAACUUUGUAUAGUUCCUAUGUUAUCAACACUAUAAAUGGAAAUUCUCUUGAAAAAGCAAUUCUGGGAUUCUGUUACAACCAUGUGGUUCAAUGGCAUGUUUCAAGCGUAGGAAUCUGGGAUGAAACUCUUACUCUACAGAUUAGUGGACAUACCUUUAGGUACAGAAGAGGAACUGGAGAUUUAGUAACUCUCUUUCCAAUGACUAGUGAGAGCAUUAUCAUAGAAAUGAAUAAUCUAGGUGUGUGGCUUUUUGGUAAUUUCAACUUUAAAGGAAAAUCUGGCAUGAAUGUCAGAUUCAGAGAUGUAAAAUGUUUUGCUCCUAUAGACUAUGAAGAGUUUGAAGAUGAAGAACUUGAAUUUAAUUAUCCAGAUGUCAGAACAGAAACAGAUGAGGAAGAGGAAUUAGACAUUCCUAUAGAUGACUAUGACUACAAUGAUAAGAUGGCCCUAGCGUUUAAUAUUAGGUCUUCGAAGAACAAUACAGGGACCAUAGAAGACAAAUUAAAUCUUACGGCUUUAGCUAUUGAUGAUAUGUAUGAGACCAACAUAAAAAAUGUAGAUAUCCUUUAUAACACAAGCACAUCAGGAAGUUAUGACAGUGAUUCAUCUGUGUCUACGGAAGAUACAUAUAAUAAUAACAUCAAAUUGGGGGGAAGUCAUGAUAUUCCCAAGGAGUCGGUUUCAGCUGAAGAACAUGUUGUUCCCACAAGUCCUAGUAAUUCUACUGAAGGAUUUAAUCUCACAGACACAUUACAAAGUGCUGUCCCUGAUCAAGGUGAAGAAACAUUUAACAGAACACAAGAUGUCUAUAUACAUGGCCAUAACGGCACAGAUGCUGACAAGGAAGAAAGCAUUAUUCAGGCAGAAAAUGACGUCCCUACAUAUUUUGAAGAAUCAACAAAUGGCACACAAAAGGAACAAAGCACAGAUGCCGACAAAGAAGAAAGCAUUCUUCAAGCAAAAAAUGAAUUCAAUAUACAUUUUAAUGACUCUACAAAUAGCACAAAUAAAGAACACAUAGAAGCAAUACAGAAGACCAACAGUUCAAAAACCACGCAAUCUAUAAGUGUUGCAAAAAGGGAUUUGGAAAAGGCAUUAAAUUACACAGAUAUGUCUUUCACCUUCAGUUAUAAGGAAAACAAAUCAAAGGAAUGGGAAGAAACUGUUCCAGAAAAUGACACUAUUCAGUUGCCACGUGGAACAGCAGGAUUUAUAGAAACGUAUGAAGUCAAUUUUACAAUUGAUGUAACAUCACAGACCAGUUCUGAUAGUUUACCCAUAAAAAUAAAUGGCGACCAGCACCACUCACCAACUGUAGCAUCAUCAACCUUACCACCAAAAAGUCACCCGGAGUUUACAACCCUGAAAUCUACAGAUGACAUAACAUCCACAUCUUUGGCAAGACCAAGUGAGACAAAGACUAGUAUUACUGAUUACCAUGACAGAGAAAUUGAAGAGAUGCUGGGUUCUCAAAUAUUUGAAGAUAUAAUGAAAAUUAUAAUGGUUGAACCUCAUGGUAAUGAAACCGAAACCGACUCGAAGGAGGAUUUAGGCCUAAUAGCCUCUGAAGGAAAAACAGAUGAUGUAAAUGAAUCAGGUAAUCAGUCAAAUCAGUCUUCAAAUGACAUACCACAACAAAGCUCUCAAACCGAAGCUAAAAAGGAGCGUAAAAUAAUUUAUGCAAAGAAAAUGGAAAAAUUCCAAAUUCAUGGCAUUGGAAAUAAUACCAAUAAUAUUAAAUAUGUCAAACGGAAAAAGAGAGUAACCAAAAUAAAAGGUAAAAGGACUGCAAACAGUACUGACUAUGAGCUCAACCAAUAUGCCUCUUCAAACACCUCAAACAAUGAGAACAUUACUGAGAACAACAACAUAGUGUUUUCUCCCAGAGGAAUUAAUCCCAGAGGUUAUUCCAAAUCUAUAAAAGAAAUAGUGAUUGGAGUACCCAGAGGUGGUGAUGGUGAUUAUGAAGAGUAUGAUGGAGAUGCAGAAUUCAACAGUAACAUUCAGGAAAAACCUAAACUUAUAAUUGCAUAUGAAGAGCCAUACAAAAUAAUGACAGAGGAUGAUGUUAACCGCUAUACCAACCCUGACAGGAUCAUAGAGAAUUAUCUACGAACCUCAAAAGGAACAAAGAGAAUUUACUAUAUUGCAGCUGAAGAAGUGCAGUGGGAUUACUCUGGACGUUUUAUAAGGUACAAUGUUAACGAAAAACCUGUCAGCGAAUCUAGAGGGACUGCCUAUAAGAAAGUUAUAUUUCGGCAGUACCUUGAUAGCACUUUCACAAAACCUGCUGUAGAUGGUGAAUAUGAAGAACAUCUUGGUAUACUUGGACCUGUAAUCAGAGCUGAAGUUGAAGAUGUUAUCCAGGUGACUUUUAAAAACUUAGCAACUCGCCCUUAUUCUAUUCAUGCUCAUGGAGUUUCUUAUGAAAAGUCGUCAGAAGGAUAUAGCUAUACCGAUGAAACAGAGGAGUGGCUCCGGGGAGAUGAUGUUGUAAAGCCUGGAGAAGUAUAUGUUUAUGUGUGGUAUGCCACAAAACAAUCUGGACCUGAGCCAGAGGCAUCAGCCUGCAGAACAUGGGCCUAUCAUUCUGGUGUCAACAUUGAAAAGGAUAUUCAUUCAGGCUUAAUAGGACCAUUGCUUAUAUGUAGAAGUGGAACUCUUGAUAAGGGAAACAACAGACCACUGGACGCCCGUGAAUUCAAUUUAUUGUUUAUGACUUUUGAAGAAGAAAAAAGCUGGUACUUUGAUAAAACAAAGAAUACAUGUACAGACAUCACAGACAAACCAGCAUAUGCAAAUAAAUGUCACACAUUUCAUGCAAUAAAUGGAAUUAUUUACAAUCUGCAAGGUCUUCAAAUGUAUCAGGAUGAAUUAGUGCGAUGGCAUUUGUUAAACAUGGGAAAUCCAAAAGAUGUGCAUGUGAUUAAUUUUCAUGGUCAGACUGUCACUGAAAGUAUAAAUAAUGAACAUCGACUUGCAGUAUAUCCUCUACUACCAGGUUCAUUUGCAACAGUGGAAAUGCGUCCUGCAAAACCUGGUCUUUGGCAGCUUGAUACGGAAGUGGCAGAAUAUCAGCAAGCAGGAAUGCAAGCAAUAUUUAACAUUGCAAAUGCAGAAUGCAACUUUCCUCUUGGCAUGGCAAGCAGACUGAUAUCCGAUGAUCAGAUCACUGCAUCACAUUACGUAGAUUUCUGGGAGCCGAAACUUGCCAGAUUGAACAAUGCAGGUUCAUACAACGCUUGGAGUGCACACAUGAAUACAUCUUCAUUGCCAUGGUUACAGGUGGAUUUACAACAAACAUAUUUAAUCUCUGGAAUACAAACACAAGGAGCUAAUAAAUAUUUCAACCAGUAUUACAUUACUGAGUUCUUUGUGGUAUACAGCAAAGACAAGAAAAAGUGGGCAGCUUUCAAAGGAAAUAGCUCUAGAUUGCAUAAGAUUUUUCAAGGGAAUACUGACUCCUCAAGUAUAAAAGAAAAUCAGUUUAAUCCUCCAAUUGCAGCACGAUACGUACGAGUUUAUCCCACAAAGUACUCCAAUAAACCAGCUCUUCGCAUGGAAUUGCUUGGGUGUGAAAUAAGCGGAUGUUCAGCUCCCCUAGGCAUUGAGAAUUUAAGUAUUAAGGAUGAACAAAUAACAGCUUCCUCAUACAAAACUUCUUGGUACACAUCACCAUGGGUACCAUCUCUGGCGCGCCUCAACAAAGCAGGAUCUGUUAAUGCUUGGCAAGCAAAGUCAAAUAACAACCAGCAAUGGCUACAGAUUGACUUUCUUUCAAUGAAGAAAAUUACUGCUAUUACAACACAAGGAGCAAAACAGUUUACUAGUGAAAUGUAUAUACAAUCCUACAGUAUUCACUACAGUGAAGAUGGAAAGAGCUGGAAAACCUACAUAGAUGAUUCCACCUCAAUGGAAAAGAUAUUCAGAGGAAACAGCAACAGUGCAGGAUAUGCUAAGAAUAAUUUCAACCCUCCAAUAUUUUCACGUUUCCUGAGGAUAAUUCCAAAAAGUUGGAAUCAAAGCAUCAUCAUGAGAGUGGAACUCUAUGGUUGUAAUAUUUAAAGUCAUCAUUGAAGUGUUCCGAAUGUAUGGAACAUGUUUUGUGUUACAGUAACUAUCCAGAGACACAUUUGCCUUGUUAAUUUGUGGUCUGUAUAUUCAAACAAAUGUUACCAUUUGACAUAUUCUUUUUUUAAAGUUUUUUUAUUUAUGAAAAUUGUUUUUGUGAUAUCUUGGUUGUUUUUUAUAAAACUGCUUAUUUCUGUUACUGAAAAUAUAAUCUAUUAAAAUGAACUUGUACUCAAAAUUUAACAUAAA